AAGGAUUGUACAUUUGUGAUGAAACUGCCCUCGGGUGACAACCUCAGUGUACAACUCUCCUGAAACAACAAUUCAGGGAUUGUGACGUGUACAGUUGAGAUCAGCCGUGACUCGACCGAAGAUGGACGGUCACUAUUCAUACAAACCCCUCCCUAGUAGACUCGAUUGUGACGGCCGCGAUUCAGAGAUAACACAUUCAUCUGAUCUGCUUUGGUCCUUGCCUCUGCAACUCUGGAAUUAAGGAAGCAGAGGGUACAAGGUUGAACCCAUUUUUUUCCCUUUUAGUUUCAUCUGUUUUUCACUAAGCGAACGGAGUGAUCGAAUCCUUCAUUUUUCAUAGCACUUUCUCUCUCUAGUUCCUUUUGUUCAGUGAAGAGUUUCCUUCCUCUGCUACUUGAAGGUGUGUUAGAAAAUGGCUGAAUCAAAAUCUGGAUUGAGGAAGCCUGUGUUCACCAAGAUUGAACAGCUUCGCCCGGGUACUAGUGGGCAUACUCUCACGGUAAAAGUUGUUAGUUCUAAGAUGGUGCUGCAAAAGGGUCGUCCAGAUGGUCCUCAGGUGCGUCAAAUGCGGAUUGCAGAAUGCUUGGUAGGAGAUGAGACCGGAAUGAUUAUUUUUACAGCGAGGAAUGAUCAAGUGGACUUGAUGAAAGAGGGUAGCACUGUGGUCCUCCGCAAUGCAAAAAUCGACAUGUUCAAGGGCUCAAUGAGGCUUGCUGUGGACAAGUGGGGUCGUGUGGAAGUCACUGAACCUGCCAGUUUCUCUGUGAAGGAAGAUAACAAUCUUUCCCUAGUUGAAUAUGAACUUGUGAAUGUUGUUGAAGAGUGACUGUUCUCGACAGUGGUUGUUUGCUUCUUUACCCCCCCUCCUACCCAAAAAACAAAAACAAAUCUGACAAAUGCAAUUAUGUACUGGGAAUCUUAUCUCCAAAAAAUCUCAUGAAAGUUCGCUUUUAGGAAGAAGAGAUAUGGCUACAGUAACAAUCUUCCUUUCUACGUAUCAGGCAGCUGGUGGACCAUUUUGGUUGUACGUCAACAGAUGGUGAUUGCAGUAGAGAUAGAGCAGCCAGGUGUCGAGACUCGCUUUGGUUCAUUUACUUUUCUAUUUAUUUCUGGAUACUUAUGACUGUUCUUUGGCCAUCAGAUCACACAUGUAAGAUCGAUAUCAUGAAAUGCAUUUCAAUCAUACUGCAUAUUUGUA